CGCGGCAGAGGGCCAGGCGCGUGGGGACGCGGGAGUGCGGGUUCCCUGCCAGCUGCGGGCACCCGAAGCACGCUGGCCGCCUGAGCUCGGCGCGGAGCCCGGAGCCCGGAGCCCGGAGCCGGCCGUCCCCCGCCCCCUGUGUGCUGGGCAGCAGCCCCGGCUGCGGCAGCCCGGCUCCCGGGGAGCGCGCCCCGCCAUGGAGUCUUCGCACAAAGACGCCGAGACGGCGGCGGUGGCGGCGGCGGCGGACCCCCGGGGGGCGUCCUCGUCCAGCGGGGUGGUGGUGCAGGUCCGCGAGAAGAAGGGCCCCCUGCGCGCCGCCAUCCCCUAUAUGCCCUUCCCGGUGGCCGUCAUCUGCCUCUUCCUCAACACUUUCGUGCCGGGACUGGGGACGUUCGUCUCGGCCUUUACCGUGCUGUGCGGAGCCCGCACCGACCUCCCAGACAGGCACGUGUGCUGCGUCUUCUGGCUGAACAUCGCGGCGGCCCUCAUCCAGAUCCUCACGGCCAUCGUCAUGGUGGGCUGGAUCAUGAGCAUCUUCUGGGGCAUGGACAUGGUCAUCCUUGCCAUUUCCCAAGGCUACAAGGAGCAGGGCAUCCCACAGCAGCUGUGAGCCCGGCCAGCCGCCAGGAGACCAGGCAGCCCCGAGAGGGCCCCGUCCGGCAGCGGCGGGCACAAGGACCUUGCGUGUUGUCUUCUGCUGUUUCCUGGGUUUGGAGUGGACAGGGAGGGAUUUGAAGAUACUAUUUAUUUUGGAAACGCACCUGCUUUUCUCAGCAGGCUCUGAGGGCUGCCAGCCCCUCCCUGCUGCAUCAGGAGAACCCCGUGGGCUCGGGCCCCCUGAGCCUCUCCAGGGGAGUGGGGAUCGGCGAUAGAGUGGCUGGAACGUUCCUGUUCCCUCCCACCCCACCCCCUGCCUUGCAUCCUCCACCGCAAGGGCACACCUGAGCGGUGGGGCCAGGUAGCAGUGGCCCGGUCCGGGUGAGCAGGGCCUCACCAAGGGGCAGGACUGCGGUGGACACUUCCUUUGGGUCCCCAGCCCCUGCCAGAGUGGGCCCCUGGAGACAGCUCCAGGGGGGCAGUGAGAAUGGACGGACUCCAGCCUGGAGUGGCAAGGCCUGCUGUGCCCUCAGCUUUGGUGGCAAGGGACACAGAUCCCCAGAGGCAUGACCUCCCUUAUCGAAUCCCCCACCUCCUUGUCACUGAAACUCCCAGGCCUGGGGGUGUUGGACCUUUGUUUCCCCGAGUCUAUGGGCGUCCCUGGGGCUGCCUCCUGGAAUCCUGGUCUUACCCAGAAAGGCCGAGCCGGCUCUGCACGGGCCCGCCUGGCCGCCUUCCACAGCUCCCUGAACACCGUUUCUGGCCCACAGUCUGUUUUCUGGAGUCCCUGGGAUGGAUGGGUCUCUGAGGUCAGAGAUGCUGGGUGUGAGAAAGAGAACAGCAGACGUGGUGCGCCCCACAUUUCCCAACACCCCGCCGUCUGGAACAGCGCUCCACCGUCUAGCACGUGACCCGGGGGUGCCUCCGGUUGCAAAGGGGCCUCGGGUCCCCUUGGGACACCUCGACGAUGGUUACAGGCAGACCCCAUGGGGGGCAGGAACCAGCCCGACUCCUCCAGGGGACUGCAGGUCACGUGUGAAUCUGAAAUGUGGAGGGGGAAGCUCCAAAAUGAUAGCGACAAGGCGGGCAUCUCCACGUCUGGUUUCAUUUUCAGUCUCACGUGGGAAUCGCUAAGAUGCAAGGCGGGCUCCAGGCCAAGUGUCCACCCACUGGACUUCGUGCCCCUCUCUGAGGGGCUGCUCCUGGGGGCCAGGGCUGGAGAAGGGACCUGUCUGCCCAUUUUCUUCCCAUGCUGGAUAGGGCCCCUGGGUCCAUCGGGGGCCCUGUUGACAGCCAGUGUUUGCAUAGUCUCUGUUCUUAGACCCCCAGCUGGGGCAGCGGCCCACCCGCCCCGUGCACUGGGCUUUCUAAUUACAGUCCUGCCGGGGAAGCAGGCCUGCAGGUCCCUGGGACCUGGACAGCUUCCUGGCAUCCCCCUGGCCGCUUGCCCAUCCCUGCACCCUGGUUCGGGGCAGGUUCUCCACUCCUGGCCUGACCUUGGCUGCCCGUCACCCUUAGCUUUGAUGAGCAUCUCCUCAAGGCUGCAGGGGGCUGGGUUGCCCUUUGGGAACACCUGGCACGUCUUUGUCCCCUCCCCCCUCCUCUCUUCCUGACGCCAGCGCGGCCUUUGCUGCUGCUUUCACGUUGGGGAGCCGCUGCGUUUUCAAGGCAAGGAACCCAGUUUGGUUUGAUCGAAAAGCCAGAGCCUUUCUCCAGGCCGAGAAGACAGCCGGCUGCUCUCCGGGCAGCGGCGCCUAAGCCUGGAGCCUCCCCUGGAAUCAGAUAGAACCUCCUCAGUUGAUGGAACGACAGCGCAAGGGCCCAGCCACUCCUCCACAGCCGCCAGCCCACAGCCCUGCCCCCCCGCAGCUCCCCGAGUUUGCGUGGCCCCCUGGAGUGAUGACAGGUCCCCGGGGAGGGAGGGUGCCCCCACCGUGGGAGGGGAGGGUGCUGUUCUCCUGGCUGGGACUGGGGGUGGCUGCUGAGAGGUUACAGAACAGAUUGCGACUUAUGUCGAUGUUUAGUGACACAAUCCAGACAGAGGUGGGAAUUGUUUUUUGAGUGACAGGUGUCACCAUGAGUCCCAGUGUGGAAUGGCUUAAUGUGAAGGUCUGUGUACUUGGAAGGACGUCCCCAAACUUGGGAAGACAUGAGGUACAGGAGGAAGCCCCUUUGCAGGCAGCUGCUGCGUGGAAGAAACCGAGACCGGGAGGGCCCCGCUGGUCUGGAACAGCGAGCCCAUGCGGACCGGCACGUGGGUGGAAUCGGCUCAAACAGCAUCAACUCAUCAGCCCGCAGUCUCUCCAUUCGGAUAAGGAGCCGUGGCUAGUGUGAUCCCAGCGGUCCGGGCAGGCCCCUCAGGCUGUCAGGCGGCCGGAAUUCGUUGAUUGAACCCCCACCAGCUGAAAACUAGGGGUCUCAUGCCUGCGAGUACUUGAUUGACACCUAGCCCUCUGGGGACAGAGCUGGGCUUGCCUCAAUGGCACAGUGCAAAGGGGAAGGUCCAGAAGUCACGGGGCACGUUUCAGGACUGGCCUUCCGUCUGUCAGAAUCCCCCAGGCCAUCCCCUGGCCAUGGGGGUUUGGGGGGCCCCAGGGGUGCAGAGAGCUUCAUAGUAAAGGAGACGAUAAUCUCAGGAUUGGAGCGGCAGUUCCCUGCGCCAGAGUGGAGCCCUGGAGUGAGAAUGAGCCGCCUGGGGGUUGGGGAGUGUCCUGUGGGCGUGGAGGCUGUGGGGCUGGGGCGUAAUCUCUGGGUCUGCUUCAGAGCCAGGACUCGGGCUUGGAUGGCCCCGGUCCCUGUGGAGCAGCAGGAGGCGGAUGGCUCCUGGUCCUGUCGCCCCCACCCCCUACCGCCCUAACCCUGCCUGCCCUGCGCUGGGGGCUGCGGGUGGGGCCUCCACUUGGGUGCCCUUGAGGGGAGGGAAGGAAGAGACACAGAGCAAGAAGCCCUCUUCUGUGGCCCAGACCACGUGUCAGCCUCAGUGUCAAGGGCAGCCUCCCAAUGCUGGGAGCUGGCUCAGCACUGCGUGGAGCAUUCGGUCUCCAGCGACUGCCCAGACAGGGUGGGUUUGUGAGGGUCUCUCAGCUGUGCCUGGACCCAGCUCCCCCGGGGCCCCUGGGCCCCAGCUGGGGGUGGGGUGGGGCCGUCUGACUCUAGGCCAGGAGCCUGAGCCCCAGCAGCUCCCGGGGCCACCGCAGGCUUUAGUGACACUGGUUGUUUUUAUCUGUUAGUGACGUUGGCAAGGGAAGCCUCCUGCACUGUGUAAACUGCUCUGGUGUUGCACUUGGAUGUACAUGAACCAGUGGGCGGUUUCAGGCCCUGUUCACUGUUGCUACUAUUCCUCCCUGUCGCAGGUCUGUUCGAGGGCUUUCCGCAGAGGGCCUGGGUGGGGAGGAGCCCUUUUAAAGCGCGCCCCCCCCUCACUGUCCCUGCCAGAGACCAUGACCUCGUGUGGGGUGGGGGGCUCCAGGCUCGGGGAACAGUUCAAAGAGGACGCUGACCGUAUGCUGUGUGUGUCCCCCUGCCCUCCCGGGGCCCGGGCCGAGGCUGAGCAGCAGCAGGCUUUCCCCUGCGGCCCCUGGCUCGGGCUCACGCCUGCAGCCUCCCGGCCUGCGUUUCGGCCUUCAGCGGGCACUCAGUGUAGGCACUCAGUGUGGGCUCCGGUGAGGGCCAAGCAGGGCCUGGGCACGGCCUCGGCGCAGCCGAUCAAAGAUGCCACUUUCCUGGAGAGCAUCCCAGUCCCCAGGCUCCCGGGUGAAACAGCAAGAUGCACGGAGGUAGAUGAGGGGAUACCCUGUCCCCGAGGACCGGCUGGACCCUUCCCUGCAAAGAUGGGGGGUCAGGAUGUCAGGGAGGUGGGACCAAGGUGGCCUGAGCACCGGGUGGGUGUCCCUCAGGGUCCUGUGUGUCUGCCGGUUUUCUGCCUGUUGGGCUCUCAGAGCUUCAGAAGGUUCAUGGGGCCCCAGAGGGGCGGAUGCUCACGCCCAGAAUCCACCUAAGUCCCAUGAGAUAGGCUGAGCCCCUCCGGUGACAGCGGGGGGGGGGCCAACCAGCGUGACCCCGGACGCUCCCCACGACCUGCACGGGAGUUCUAGGUUCAGUGCUGUUCGUCCCUUCUGCUGCUUCCUGCCUCCGCUUUACCUCCUGUGUGUGAGGGGAAGCAAGGAGGGGCCUGGGCUACCACUGUUUUCCCCAGGUCUGUGGGAGCGAGGGGCUGGGAGGGGCCGAUCCGGUGGAGGGAGGGGGAUAGGGACAGGGACCCGGACCCAGACGGGGACAGGGACUGGCUGUUCUCUCCCACCCAGGCCUCCUGGGCUCAGGGCUGGCAGCCCUGCCGCCAGGACUCUUUCUAGCGAAACGGAAACAUUGGCCCCCAGUUCCGCUCGCCCCUCCUGCCCCUGCCCCACUCGGGUCCCACUUGUACGCACCUGAGCUCCUGGGACAAGUCGUCUCUCGCUUUGAUUUUGCUGGGACUCUCUGUCCCCAGCCCCUCUCCUUCCCUCCUGCCUGGAUUUGCCAAAACACCAGCCACCCCAGCUGGUCCGGACUCCACAGUACCCCACACCGCACGUUCACCUUUAAAUGGGCAGAAGCACAGACACACAUGCACACACACACACACAUGCACACACACACAUGCACACUCACACGUGCACACAUGCACACGUGCACACUCCGCAGCCCCUCUGAGUGCCGCCGGGUGAGGGCCGGACAGGGUCUGUCGGGAGGCUCAGGACUGGGGCUUCACAUCUCCUAAGGGGCCUGAGUCCCCCUCCAACCCCCACCCAGGACCCAUCUUCUUCCAGCCCGGCCUCCGGCUGGUGGCACUGUUUGCGUCUGUCACUCCCACCCAGGGCCCCAGACUUGCACAGUGUCCCCUCUCCAGGGCACCUGGUCUUGGAUCUCUUUUUCCCAGGCCCAUGGGCUCAGCAUCACACCCCGCCCCACUGGGUGGGGCUUACCCCCCACACCCCACCUUGGCCUUUGGUGGGAGGCGGGUCUGCUCAGAGAACAGGGGGACGGUGGUUGUUUUCUGGGUUCUUCCUGAGCUGCAGACAAGCCUCUCCUCCGAGGCCCUUUUCUGUCCCCACACCCCUCCCGCCUGCCCCAGCACGGGAACCAGGGAGGCGAGGAGCAGGCCGGGUCGUGUCCACAGUGCGCUCUGGUCAGUGCUGGGCCCGUGUUCCGAGGGGGCGAGGGCGGUGUUGCCGUAACGGCCCGGGCACCCCGUGGGAGCCCUCGGCUGGCCACGUUCGCAGGCUGAGUUCCGUGCUGCUGUACACAGUGCCCGUGUUGUCAUUGUCAUUGUUGUUUUUUAAACAACAUACAUAAAACCAAGACCGGUUCUGUGCGUAUGCGGGUGCGUGUUGUGUCGUGACCGGCUGUGUUGGGGUCUCAGUGUUUGCUGUUACGUGAAUCACUGUACACUCCGGCUGUUCUCCGACAAGGCUGUGCACUCUGAUUCCCCACGGCUUCCUUGACUCAGUCCUACCCACCCCACCGCCAGCUCUCCCCGGGAUCCAACCCAGCCAGGUGGCUUUUCCGGCCCAUCCCGAUGACUGGAGCCUUUUGGGGUCCAAGAGAGGAAGAAACCUCCCGUGUCUGGGGCCCAGGGGAGCUUUCAGACUUGCCCGGGUCCAAACCUCGCAGCCUGGACCCCAGCCUGCCUACAGCUUCGCUCCCCCAGAGUCCUCAGGGCCAAGCCCUGGCAGACUCGCCGCUGCUACGGGGCCUCCAUGGUGCCCCACGGGCGCUCAGCAGGGUUCCAGCUUCUCCUGCAUUCCGCCUGCUUUGAAAUCCAUAACUCAAGCACCGUUACUGUACGUGUAAUAAAAAA